GCGGCGGCGGCGGGGGCCGCUCCCGGUGCCGCUGCCGCUCCCGCUGCGCGGCGGCCCGGCCUGGCAGCGGCGGCAGCGCCCGGGACGCAGCUGGGCGCGGGACGCCAUGGGGACCCCCGCAUCGCCGCGCCGCCAGCCCGCCCGCGGCCCCCACGAACUGUAUUUCAAGAAUCUUUCAAAACAGAAACAAAAGGAAGUCAUGGAGAAGAAUGGAAGCAACCACAAACUUCGUGUUUGUGUUGCUACUUGCAAUCGGGCUGAUUAUUCAAAAUUAGCUCCCAUUAUGUUUGGUAUUAAGGCAGAACCACAGUUCUUUGAGCUUGAUGUUGUAGUCCUUGGUUCCCAUCUGAUUGAUGAUUAUGGUAACACCUAUCGCAUGAUUGAACAAGAUGACUUUGACAUUCAUACAAGGUUGCACACUAUUGUGAGAGGCGAGGAUGAGGCAGCCAUGGUGGAGUCAGUGGGCCUUGCACUGGUGAAGUUACCGGAUGUCCUGAACCGCUUGAAACCUGACAUAAUGAUAGUGCACGGUGACAGAUUUGAUGCUUUGGCACUGGCCACUUCUGCAGCCCUGAUGAAUAUUCGAAUUCUUCACAUUGAAGGUGGGGAAGUCAGUGGGACCAUAGACGACUCUAUCAGACACGCGAUCACCAAAUUGGCCCAUUACCACGUAUGCUGCACAAGAAGCGCAGAGCAGCAUUUGAUAGCCAUGUGUGAAGACCAUGAUCGCAUCCUUUUAGCGGGAUGCCCCUCAUAUGACAAGCUUCUGUCUGCCAAAAAUAAGGACUACAUGAGUAUUAUACGCAUGUGGCUAGGUGAAGAUGUCAAGCCCAGAGAUUAUAUAGUUGCUCUGCAGCAUCCUGUAACCACAGAUAUUAAACAUUCCAUAAAGAUGUUUGAGCUGACACUAGAUGCACUCAUCUCCUUCAACAAGAGAACGCUUGUUCUAUUCCCCAAUGUGGAUGCAGGAAGCAAAGAGAUGGUUCGAGUAAUGAGGAAGAAGGGCAUUGAACACCAUCCCAAUUUUCGGGCAGUAAAGCAUGUUCCAUUUGACCAGUUCAUUCAGCUAGUGGCGCAUGCUGGUUGUAUGAUCGGUAACAGCAGCUGUGGUGUCAGAGAGGUGGGAGCAUUUGGUACACCUGUCAUCAACUUGGGGACACGUCAGACAGGAAGAGAAACAGGUGAAAAUGUUCUUCAUGUUCGUGAUGCUGACACACAGGAUAAGAUUCUGCAUGCUCUGCAGCUUCAGUUUGGUAAGCAGUAUCCAUGCUCAAAAAUAUAUGGAGAUGGUAAUGCCGUUCCAAGGAUUCUGAAGUUCCUCAAAUCUAUUGACCUUGAAGAGCCACUGCAAAAGAAAUUCUGUUUUCCUCCUGUCAAAGAUAAUAUCUCUCAAGAUAUCGACCAUAUUCUGGAGACACAGAGUGCCUUGGCAGUGGAUCUAGGUGGAACAAAUCUCCGAGUAGCAAUUGUCAGUAUGAAGGGUGAAAUAGUUAAGAAGUAUACUCAGCUCAAUCCUAAGACGUAUGAAGACAGACUAGAAUUAAUUCUGAAGAUGUGUGUAGAGGCUGCAUCGGAGGCAGUAAACCUGAACUGCAGAAUUCUGGGAGUGGGUAUUUCCACAGGUGGACGGGUAAAUCCUCGAGAAGGAAUUGUGCUUCACUCCACCAAGCUCAUUCAGGAGUGGAGCUGUGUGGAUCUCAGAACCCCAAUAUCUGAUGUUCUGCACCUGCCGGUCUGGGUGGACAAUGAUGGAAACUGUGCUGCUUUGGCAGAGAGGAAAUUUGGUCAUGGAAAAGGAGUAGAAAAUUUUGUAACACUCAUCACUGGUACAGGAAUUGGAGGUGGAAUCAUUCAUCAACACGAAUUGAUCCAUGGCAGCUCUUUCUGUGCUGCUGAACUUGGGCACAUUGUCGUGUCUUUGGAUGGGCCGGAGUGUCUCUGUGGUAGCCAAGGAUGUAUAGAAGCAUAUGCCUCUGGAAUAGCCUUACAGAGAGAAGCUAAGAAACUGCAUGAUGAGGAUGUGCUUUUAGUAGAAGGAAUGUCCAUGAAGAAGGAGGAGGUGGUUAGUGCUGCACAUCUCAUUCAGGCAGCUAAACUUGGGAAUGCAAAAGCAGACAGCAUUCUCAGAACAGCUGGGACAGCAUUAGGCCUUGGAGUUGUGAACAUUCUGCACACUAUGAACCCCUCUCUUGUGAUCCUGUCUGGAGUUCUAGCCAGCCACUAUGUUAAUGCUGUUAAAGACGUGAUACAUCGACAGGCUUUAUCCUCUGCUAAAACUGUGGAUGUGGUGGUCUCAAAUCUAGCAGAUCCUGCCCUUCUUGGAGCUGCUAGUCUGGUACUGGAUUAUACUACACGUAGAACAUACUAGGUACCAGGAAGAAUUAUACAAUUGGACUCUUCAGAUUCCUAAUUGGUGGAGGGAAUACUGUGCCCAAAAUGUUUUCUUUGACCAGAGCAGCUACUGAAUCAGAGUACGGUUCUGAAUAAUUAGUGACUACUUCAGCAAUUCCUAAUUGAGGUGGUAUUUUUUUAAUUAUUUUUUUCUAAAUUUUGUCCAUGUUCAUAGGAGCUAACGUGCAAUUCUCUUGUUUUUCAUCACCUCUCUGGGCAAGCCCAGAUGUUGCUUUAAGUGUAGUUGAAUUAUUUAUGAACAUACCUUGAUGUACUCUAGGAAACAGAUGUGGGGUGGUAUGUCAAAUUAUAGCUAAUGCUUCAGGUUCUACAUCCUAUUUCCCAUCUAUAUGAAAUGAAAAAUACAGAUUUUGACUAGCUUUUCCAUUUUUAAGCUUCCACCCACAAGUAACUGUGUAAUCACAAAUAGUAGGUAGUAGAUUCAGUGGGUGGAAAGAAGAGAGAUGUUGCCUCUACAAACAAAAAUGCUGCAUCUAAAAAUUGUGGUUCAUGAAGGACUUGGAGAAGGCAGUUAUUUAUCACAGCACCUUUAGAGAGGUGAUCCCAUUUUAGAAGCUUUGCAUAUGAAGGAAAAAGACUGUCUGUGAUCUACUGAGUUUACAGACUGCCAGUGCUGUCCAAAGAAACUGACAGGCAUAGCAGUGAGCAUCUUCUUUGUCUUCUGACUAUGGCCAACAGUAAAUUAUUUGAAUUUUA